AUGAGAACGUUAACUUUAUAUUUAAAAAUUACUACAUUCCUUCUUUUAAUAUGGAUGUAUCAAUGUUUUUAUAACUGUUAUUCCUAUAAAACAUGGAUUGAUAAAAAUAUAUUGGAAACAAAAAAUGAGUUAAAGUAUGAAAGAUUAUUAACAGAGGGUGACAUAGAAGGAGAGAAGCAUAAUUACGCUGAAGGAUGUCUAAAAGAAUGUCCAUUAGAUAAUGAAAAAAAAGGAAGUAUGGAUCCGGAUAAAUACAAGAAUCCGUGCGAUCCACGUCAUAGAAUCAAUACUCCAUCAUUGUUCGAGAGAUUUAAUAAAAAAGCAAGUGAAAUGGACCCUAAUUUGAGAGACCACGAAUUGAAUAUUGAAUGGAAUAAUAUUUCACAAAACAAACUUAUUCAUCUAUCUUCAAAAAUUUAUCAACGAGAUAUUCCAGAUGAAGGCAAAGAUAUAUUAAUUCUUAGUGAAACGAAAGAUCACUCAGAAUUAAAGAAAUUAUUAGACGAAUUUAAGAAUGAGAUAAGAGACAAUAAAGCAGAAUCCGAAUCUAAGAAAGAGGUGAGAGACAAUAGAAUAGAAUCCGAAUCUGAGAAAGAGAUGAGAACCAAUAAAACAGAAUCCGAAUCUGAGAAAGAGUUGAGAGAUAAUAGAACAGAAUUGGAAUCUAAGAAAGAGAUGAUUGACAUUAAAAAAGAAUUCGAAUGGAUCAAAGAGAUGAUAGACAAUAAAACGGAAUGCGAAUCUGAAUCUGAAUCUGAAUGUGAAAAUGAGAAUGAGAUGAGAGAAAAUAAAAAAAAAAAAAAGAAAUCAAAUAUUUUGAAAUUUCUUUUUUGUGGGUGUUAUAACCAUUAA